AUGGCAGCUCUCAUUGCCUCACGUCUGGCUAAGACUAUUCAUUCUGAGCUGCGUACCAAGCCUGAGGUCCACUUGUGGUCUGAUUCUGAGAUUGUCCUCCACUGGGUCAAGUCUGACUCUCUCUCCUUGAAGCAAUUUGUUGGGGUAAGAGUUGCUGAAAUUCAGGCAACCUGGGAUCCCUCAGUUUGGAAGUUUGUCCCAACAGCCCAGAAUCCUGCGGAUGAUCUCACCAGGGGAUUGACACCAGAAGAGAUGGCCGGUCGCUGGAUUGAGGGGCCAGAGUUUCUGAGGAAAGGAGAGACACAUUGGCCAGCUCAGCCGUCGAAGAUUGCUGAAAGGGAUUGUGAGAAGAGACCGGAAAGACAACCCCCCAAUAUGUCUGCAUCAGCUGUGAAGAUUGUUCCACCAAUCAAGUGUGAAGACUAUUCAAGUUGGCCUAGACUUAUCAAUGUGACAGCAUUGUGCCUCCGCUUCUUUGGUAAUCUGAGGGCCAGGGCAAGAAAGGAGGAUAUAAAGACCGGAGAGCUUGAACCAGGAGAACGAGAAAGAGCUGAAAGGUACUGGGUUUCUACUGCGCAGAGAGGGCUCAUUGAUUGGGAAACUCGUUGCAAGGAUCUGGCUCCCUUUGAGGACAAUCAGGGUUUGCUCAGGGUAGGAGGUCGUCUUCGCAAGUCUCCGCUGUCCUAUGAUGAAAAUCAUCCUUUUCUCCUCCCAGCAUCUUGCCACAUUUCCAGAUUGUUGAUGAGAAAUGUCCACUGGAAAAAUGGACAUUGCGGGUCUGAAAGUACUCUCUGCCAUGGCCGGAGAAAGUACUGGUUUCUGAGAGGUCGGAAUUUGGCACGUCAGAUUGUUAGAGAUUGUGUGGUGUGUAGGAAAUUGCGCAAGUCUCCACUGGUCCCUUGGAUGGCUGACCUACCCAGUGAGCGUCUUGCAUUGUUUGCUCCAGUCUACAGUACUACAGGCCUUGAUCUGUUUGGUCCAUUCUUCCUCAAAUGUGGUAGAAAUAAGAGCACCAAGGCUUGGGGAGCCAUCUUCACCUGUGGUACUGUAAGGGCAGUACAUCUUGAGAUUGUGGAAAAUUUGUCCACUCAGGCAUUUCUCCAUGCCUUCAGGAGAUUUGUCUCGCAUCAUGGAUGGCCGUCAACUAUCAUCUCAGACAAUGGUAGCUCCUUUAUCAGCACGGAGAAGGAGCUAAGAAAACUUGUACAGGAAGGGCGAGAGCAAAUUCAAAGAUUUGCCGUCCUCCACCAAGUCAAGUGGCGUUUUAUAACCCCUCUAAGUCCAAACCAGGGAGGAUUUUAUGAAUCACUUGUAAAAUUGGUCAAGAAAUGUCUCAAGUUAGUUGUUGGACAACAAACCCUCACGUGGAAUGAAAUGUCCACAGUAUUCGCGGAGGUCCAGAAUCUGGUCAACUCCAGGCCAUUGGGUUAUAGUUCAAAUGAUCCCAAUGAUUUACAGCCCUUAACGCCCAACCACUUUCUUCUUGGAAGAGCAUCGGCUGAAACGCCACAAGGUCCAUUCAACCCAACCAAAAAUCUCCACAAGAGAUUUGAAUUUACCCAGAGUUUGGUAAAUCAGUUUUGGACACGGUUUGUUCGGGAAUAUUUGCCCACAUUGCAAAGAAGGUCUAAGUGGCUUCGGAAGGACAGAGAGGUUCAGGUUGGUGACAUUGUCCUUUUGGUUGAUCCAAGUGCAGUGCGCGGUCAAUGGGAGCUAGGUCGAAUCGAAGAAGUAUUCCCUGGAGACGACGGUGUCAUCCGCAAUGUUCGCGUCAAAGUCAAGACCGGUUUCAGGAAUCGUUCAAUUCAGAGAUGUGUUCCUAUCCUAGAGUGUGAUGGUGAGGACAGUGAUUUCGUUGGAAGUGAGGAGGUGGUUCAUGAGGACCAAUAG